AUGGAUACACCUGAGAGCCCGACCCAGUCCCCGCAGUCUCCCGAGGAGGAGGAGAAGGGUCUCUCUGACAAUGAGCUGCUGGAGUCGCCUGAGUCCCCAGCAGAAGCAGACAAGGGAGUAUCAGACAGUGAGCUCUUGAAUGACGAUGAAAAUGAAGUCCCGGAGCAUGGAGGAGACUCAGACUCUGAGGACAGAGACAGGCUGCCUGCUGGCCGAGAAGAUCCAGAGGAGCUUUCGGAUGUGGAAGAUUACAAGUUGGACCGGGAGGAGAGAGAAGACAUCCACCAACAAGAGGGUGCUUUGAGGGUUCAAGAAAGCGCACAGAAUGCUAUCAAGUCUCCUGAGGAGGAAAUCCUAGAGACGCCAAGAUCUCCAGAUCCUGUUUCGCCAGCGGCAGAACAUGAGCGACCAUUUACUCCAGCAGAGGAAGAGCGAGGAGAUGAUAAUGAUGAGGAAGAGGAAGAAGAUGAGACGACAACCAAAUCCGGCCUUGGCCAGGCAGAGCUUGAGGAAGAGGAGGAUGAGGAAGAGGAGAGAAGGCGGCGGAGGAGAGCGGCGAUGGUUGUGAGCGAUCUGAAGGAUGAGUCUUCUGUGUCCAGAGAUCUGGAUGAACACGAGCUGGAUUAUGAUGAAGAGGUUCCAGAGGAGCCGAGCGCUGCUGCUCCUGAGGAAGACGAGCCAGAGAAGCCUGCUGUAGGGGAGGAUGGAGAAGAUGAAGAGGAGGAGGACGAAGAGGAGGAAAAGAGGCGCAAGAGGAAGGAAAGGAAACCCAUUCUGCCUCCGGAUAACAGAGACACACCCCUGAGAAAAUCUGAGGACUCGAGGGAAGGAGGGAGGAGAGAUUCGUUCCGUGAUAAAAAGAAAGAAGAGGAUGAUGGAGAGAUCGAUGAGGGAGAGAUAGAUGAUGAUGAUCUUGAAGAAGGAGAGGUGAAAGACCCUAUGGAUCGAAAGAUCAGACCCCGACCCAUCUGCAGGUUUUUCAUGAAAGGUAGUUUUGUUACAAUGUAUGGGAAUGUUAAGUUUGUUUUUUUUAAAAGCUACCUUGUUUUUCUGACAGGUAACUGCACAUGGGGGAUGAUCUGUAGAUUUAUCCAUCCAGGAGUCAAUGAUAAGGGCAACUAUUCACUUAUCUCCAAGCCAGACCCCUUCUCUCCAAAUGGAGCCCCUCCGGGAGGAGCAGCAGGUGGCGGGCCUCACCCCCUUAUGCCUGCUAACCCCUGGGGAGCUCCGGCUGUGGAAGAGCUGCCUCCUCCACCUCCUCCUCUAGAUCCUCCAGUGGAGAGCGCCUGGGAACGAGGCCUUAGACAUGCCAAAGAGGUGUUAAAAAAAGCCACCAUACGUAAAGAGCAGGAGCCAGAUUUUGAGGAAAAACGUUUCACCGUGACCAUCGGCGAAGAUGAUCGAGAUUUCGACAAAGAAAACGACUUCUUCAGGGAACGCGGUGGUUAUCGCAUUACUAGAGAGAUCAGAGAUGCUGGUAGUGAUCCUUAUGGCGACCCAUACUACGAUUAUGAGAUGGAAGCUUUUUGGCGAGGAGGCCAGUAUGAGAAUUUUCGAGUGCAGUACACCGAGACACCUCUGCCCUACUAUCCUGACCGAGAGCGGGAACGAGAUCCACGUGAGCGGCACCGUGAGAGGGAGCGGGAGCGUGAGAGAGACCACCGUGAACGGGAGCGCAGACAGAGAGAGCGAGAGAGGGAGAGAGAACGGGAACGGGAGAAGGACAGCCGACGUAGGAAGGAUGAAUGGGACAGGGAUCGUCUGAAACGAGACGAAAAGGAGGGAAGGCCGAGAGAAAGACCUCUUCGAGAGCCAAGAGAGAAAAAAGACGAGAAGGAGAAGACGCUCAAACCACGAUCGCCCACAAACAUGCCACCAAGAGGGCCAAUGGAGCCACCAACCAAGAAGGACAUGCUCUCGGUGACCAAGAGGCCAGAUGAAUGGAACGACCCCUGGUGCCGGUCUAAGUCUCCUAGAAGACGACCAGGCUUCAUGGGCUCUCCUCCGCGUGGCCGUAGGCGACAUAGGCCAUCUGGAUCAUCAGUUUCCCUUUCCAAUUCAUCUAGGU